CGAUGGCAAACCCUUCAGUCGACAACUAUCUCCCGGCCCGGUCGGAAGUUAUCCUCCCGAAAAUCGUUUGUGUAUCGUCGUCCUUUCGGCUUGAAACACGCGAAUGACCCGAUAUCAUUGCUACCCCCUCCCCCACGGAUUUCUCAGUGUUUGUGUGAUUAUGUGAGCCAAAUAGAACUAUUUAUGUGUUGUGACCAAUGCUGGGUUAUACGUCCUACAGGUAGAGAAAACAGUUUUUUUCCAUUUUAUCCAACCCCAUUUGCCGGCCCGUGAGGCCGAAGUGUUUUUUUCUUUGAGUAUUUUUUUUUCUUUGAGAAUUUUUUUCAUUGGAAUGGGUGCACGGAGGUGCUCCGGUCCCUACCCUCGACAGGGGGAACUUGUGAACAGUGUAAAUUUUGUGGUUCGUGGAACGCCGGGAGUUUCACGAUGCUCGUAAAAAGGACUAGUUGAAAAUUUAAAAGGAAAUGAGCUACCUAGACCUCAGCUUAGAUUGGGAGUGGUCACCAGGAGGCGGGAGCGGUGCCGGUGGCCAGCAACAGUUAAGCGUUGUGACGACCGUUUGGGGUGUGACGACGUCCACUCAGUCAGAGGCGGCGUUUCAGACUCCCGGAAAACAACAAACUGCUCCACCUCAUUACAACCAGGCGCCCAACUAUCGCCACUCCAGCCCAGGCGUUGGCUCCUAUGGGGUGAUGAGCGGAGGCGGGGGCGGCGGCGUGGUGGGUGCCGGCGGCGGAGGCGGCCCCCCAGGGGCUGAGCCGGGUUACGGUGGAGCCCUUUCCGCCGCCGCCAUGGUCGCCGCAGCCACCGCCACGGCGACUGCGACCGCUAGCGUCGUAGCUCUCCAAGACCGCCAUGACAUGUCCGCACAGUACAACCAGAUGCAGGGUGUUGUCGGCCAGCACGGCCAGCAAUACGGAGGCGGCUAUGGCCAAAGGGGUCCGUCAUCCAUGGGCGGUAUGAACGGCAUGGGCGGGAUGGGCCAAAUGGGUAUGGGGAUGAUGCAGGGCACCGGCCCCAUGCACCAGGGGAUGAUGCCGACUGGCGGAAUGCAGCCCACCGCCGGUGGCCCGAUGAAAGGGAUGCCGAUGCAGGCUGGUGCAGGUCAGGUUUACCCAAGGCGAUUAGCGCCAUAUCCAAGCCCUGCAAUGCAUAUGAACCAAAAAAGAGGACAGUACCCAAGCCCGGGUCCUGCUCCGAAUAUGCAACAGCCCUUCCCACCGAGCAACCAACCGCAAUAUGGUGGUGGUUAUGGGGCCAGACCCAGUUUCCAGACCCAAUAUCCAAGCCAGCAGAUGGGAUUUGUUGGGAACGGGAUGGGAGCUGGAGCACCUACCGCUACAAGAGGCGGCAGUAUGAGGCAAACAACACCACCUUAUCAGUACCAGGGGUAUGGUGGAGCACCUCCUGGAGCUUUUGGCCAAGAAAGGACAAGUUACCAGCACAGUCCGAUACCGGGCAACCCUACUCCACCUCUUACACCAGCUAAUUCAAUGCCUCCCUAUCCAGAUAUCAAGCCGACCUUUAACGAGCUCAACAAACAACAGCAACCACUUCCACAAAAAGAUGAUGAGCUGAGGUUAACAUUCCCAGUGAGAGAUGGGAUAAUCCUACCCCCAUUUAGAUUAGAACAUAAUCUAGCAGUUAGCAAUCAUGUUUUCCAGCUCAAGACCACUGUUCACCAAACGUUAAUGUGGAGGUCAGAUCUGGAGCUUCAACUGAAAUGUUUUCACCAUGAAGACAGAGCGAUGAAUACCAACUGGCCGGCUAGUGUUCAAGUGUCGGUCAACGCCACCCCUCUGUCAAUAGACAGAGGUGAAAACAAGACUUCCCACAAACCUUUGUACCUUAAGGAAGUCUGUCAAGCUGGAAGGAAUACAAUACAAAUAACCGUCUCAGCUUGCUGUUGUUCCCACCUUUUUGUCCUCCAACUUGUUCAUAGGCCAAGCGUAAGGAGCGUCUUACAAGGUCUUCUAAAGAAAAGGCUCCUGACGGCAGAUCACUGCAUUGCCAAAAUCAAAAGGAAUUUCAGCAAUACCUCCUCAGCGAACUCGCCAUACAACUGUGUUGAUAAAGACGGUGUUGAGCAAACUGCUCUAAAGGUAAUUGUGUCUCUCAAGUGUCCAAUUACCUUUAAGAAAAUAACGCUUCCUGCACGAGGACACGAUUGUAAGCACAUCCAAUGUUUUGAUUUGGAGUCGUACCUUCAACUGAACUGUGAGCGAGGAGCGUGGAGGUGUCCAGUGUGCAACAAACCUGCACAACUGGAAGGCCUGGAGGUUGACCAGUACAUGUGGGGCAUCUUGGAUACGCUCAACACAUCAGAGGUAGAAGAGGUGACGAUUGAUGCUGCUGCAAACUGGAAACCAUCUAGAGGCCUACAAGGAAUUAAAACAGAAGAUGAGCCUGAAUCUUGUGGUGGUAAGAGGCUAAACAAGGCAAUGUCUCCUGGCAGCAUGACUCUCCCAACAAUGAACAACUGGGACAUGAGUCAGUCUAUGUCACCUUACAUUCCCCCAGAUAUGAACAGUAUUGCAAGUGGUUCGAUGAUGAACUCAAAUGGCCCCCCUCCGUAUCCGGCAGGUUCCAUGGGGAGGGGGUACGAGUUCAACCCUGCCACCACAUCAAGUUCAGAUUUCAGUACGACACCCCUAUCACAUCUGAAUGACACGGGACCUCCACUCGACCCACUCAAUGCAAUGGAAAAGUCCUUAAAUGAACAGAUGCCUCACACACCUCACACCCCGCAUACUCCUCAUACACCUCACACACCCGGAGGGGCAGGUGGCGGUGCAGGCGGAAGUGGACCACCAAGUGUUCCGCCGUCCAACAGUGAAAACACCUCAGGAAAUCCACCAGAUGACAUUCCUUCUGACCUCAAUUUUGACCCUGCGGCUGUCAUUGAUGGUGAAGGUCAAGGGCAAGAAGGGCUCAAUCUUUUACCUGACAAUGUGGUAGAUCCAAUGGAACUGUUAUCAUAUCUGGACCCACCUGACCUUGCGACUCCUCCGAGUAGCGGUGCGAGUAGCAACGGCAACAUGGGAACGCCCGGGGCGAAUACGAGUGAUGACAUUCUGGCUCUGUUCGAAUGAGUGGAAACUGUACAAAGUACCUUGUAAUGUUCCUUUUGCAUAUAUUCUCGAGUUGCCAUGCACACCAAUGUGAAAAGAGACACUGUUAAAUAGUGCACGCACAUUUUGUUCCUUACAAGUUUUAUAACUGUGAGACAAGAACCCACCUCGAAUUAUUUAUUUCCCGUUACAUAAGGAAGGACAUUGUAGCUCAGAUCAGAAAAGAUGUACCAAUCGAGCGGGCAGGUUUUUUUAGUUCCUUUAUCAAAUCGUCAAUUCGUGUAAUGUGUUUGAAACAACGUUGUUUCAUUCACGACACAACUUCCUAAAGAUUAAAACCUAUGUGUAUUAUAUAUAUUAUAAAAAAAGUUAUUGAACGAUACAGAAUUAUAAUGCUCGCAACCUUUCUGUGACUGUGCUAAUGUAAAUGGUGUGCCGUUCGCCGAAGUUUGAUGUAUUACACCGGGAGGAAAUAAAGAAAAGAAAUUUUGUAUUUAUUUUAAUCCUUUUAAAGGAUUGAUGGUCGAGCAAAAGGGCUCUGCAAUUGACCAAUAUUCCUAAAAGUGACCCUGUGACCGCCUUUUGUAAAUGAUCUUUAAUCCUUAAAAAAAAUAAAAAAUUAAAAAAAAAUCCCCAUUUGUAGAUAUAACAAUUUUGGCCACUUAGGGGGAAAAUUUAGUGGCCACAAAAAUAUGUAUUUAAAUAUUUUGUAAAUAUUCUUAUUACUAGUAAUAAUCAUUAUAUUGGCACAUGAUAAACUUAUUUAAGUGGAGGCCAGUUUUCUUCUAUUAGAUUUAAUUGAUAGUUACAAUAGUUGAAGUAAUUAAAAUAAAAUAAUUAAUGAUUAUUGAAAUAUUAUAUUUUAACUGUUGUUGGAACCAAAAGUAGUUUAAAAAAUUUAAAAAAGUAGAAGUAUACUUCGAAUAGGACAUGUAUGUUGGACGAAUGAUUUGCAAUCAUGCGUGACUGAAUUCUAAAAGGAUAUUUAAACAAAAAAAAGUUCUUCAUUUAUCUCUGUGUACUAACAGCUUUUACCAUGGUUUUAUUAGUAUAUUAGAAAUGUGAUUACAUCUUAGUGGGACCCGUACGCACACAAAACACAAUCUUCACUAUACGCUUUGUUGGUGCCAAUUGAAAGUUUUAUCAUGGAUACAGAGAUGGGCAUUACUUCUAGAGUAUGUUGACCGAUUAAUUUUUUAACUUUUGUAAAACAAGGAUUAGUGAGAGAUUUUAUUAAGAGAAAAGUAUUCUGAUCCAACAAAGAGUAUAUUAUUAUUAAUUAUUAUUAUUAUUAUUAUAUAUUAUAUAAUAAUUAUUAUAUAUAUUAUAGACAAACCAGUGUUAAAGCAAUCAAAAUAAGUAUUUAAGAAGUAUAAAUUGAAAGUUGAUAUGUUUUCUGUGCGUACCGGAGUCUAUAGAUUAUUGAGGGGGGAGGUCUAUGAUGUAUUAUACUUAUAUAAAUCCCAUAUAUUAUAUAUAUUAAUAAAAUAAAUUAUAAAGACCUUGUCACAUAUAUCAAUAUGUUAGAGAGAUCAGAUAUUAUAUUGUUCAUUGCAUUUACGCACUUGAUUGCGAAUAAUUUCAAAAUAAAAUUUUUACAAUUAAAUAUUAACAACAUGAGACCAUCAGAAGUAUUAAACUUAGGUAAUGUGAAAAACAAUAACUCAACUAUGUGAACGUGUGCAAUUUUAUAUGUGUAAACCAAAAAAGAAACUAAAUCUCUUUAAAAUGUAGAUAUAUAUGACAAACCUACACUCUUUCCUGCGAGUAAAUUUGUUAUUAUAUAUAAUAGUAAAUGUAAAAUGAUGUGUCAACUUCCAUUAUAGCUUUCUGGCCUUGAAGCAGAAAACAUUUGGUGUACAAUUAUUUAAGCAAUGAGUUGGACGGAGAUUUUUAGAUUUGACGUGCAAAAAAACAGUGCCUUUUGCAGUUUUCCUUUCUUUUUUUGUAUUAAUUGUUAAACAUGAUCUCAUUUUAUUGUGCGCGAUGUAUUAUAAUGGUGGUUGACUCAGAUUGUGAAACACUAUAUUCUAAAUAUUUCUGUGUUACCAGCUUGUUAAGAGUGUAGGUGCAUGUAAAUUUAGUUUCUGAGUAUUACUGACGACAUCUUAGACUUAAUACCCGUAGGUGUAUUGUGUGCUCUGUGACAUAUUAAAAAAAAUAUUUAAAAAUUUUAAAAUUGAAAGUUACAAAUGUUUAGACAAAGGUCUGAUGUCUAACCUAAACAAUCACAGUACAAAAGUUUAAAAAAAAAAUAUUUUUUAAUAUUUAUUCAUUUGAAUUUGUAACCUAGUUUAUAUAAAUGAACAAUUUAGUACAAUCAUUAUGAAAAAUUGUUUCCCCCUUUCUUUUAUAUAUCUUAACAAAAUUAAAUCUUUAUAAAAAUAAUCCCCAAGAACUUGCUUUUUAAAUUAAUUUCAAAUAUAUUUGAAUGCCUUAAAGAGUUUCAGAAUUUAAGCUGUAUUCAAACUUGCAGAAAAUACCAAUACGAGGGUAUUAAUUUAUUUUGCCAUCCAUUUUUUUAAUAUUCCAACCUUGGAAAGAAAACAAAAAUUAUAUAUAUCAAACAUAAUGUAUAUGUUUUAUAUACAUAUUGUUUUAUGGGAACAUAUAAUUUACUUAAAUUGUAGGUACAUGGUUUACAUAUGACAGAAUGAUUCAUGCUGGCUGAACAAGACCGUUUGAAACUCAGUUUAUCAUUCUGAAAAAUACAUAAAUAUAUACAUAUAUAUGUAUAUAUAUAUAUACACAUAUAUAUGUAUAUAUGAUAAUAUUAGUACCAUUUAAAUAUGGUUAUAAUCAUAUGCAUAGAGUGAAAUUUUGUUUAUUACUAGGUGUUGUAUUAUGCAAAUAUAAGCAGAGAUAUAUUUUUGUUUCAUAUAAGUUGCAAGGCAAUUGUUUAUAUGUCUAGUUGUGAUUGGAAUUAUAAUGAAAAGAUUUUUUAUUUAUAUACAUUAUACAUUUACAUCCAACAAUUUUUACAAGAUGAAAAUAUAAACAAACCAUUAUCCUGUUUUGGACCAAAUUAUAUUCUAUGCCUAAUAUAAUUUAUGUUACAUUUUUAAAUAAGGUAUUAUAUUUAUUAUACUUUUGGGAUUCAAUUAAUUAAAUAUAUAUAUAUGCUUAUAUAUAUAAUAAAAUAUAAAGAUGUAUAUAUAUUUAAAAAAAAACGUAGUCAGGCAAAGGUAAUAUCUGACUUCGAAAAAAAAAA